AUGGUCAAAUUACGCGAUGAACAGAAAGCUGAGCUUAUCAAGCAAGAAAAAAAGCGUCGUCGGCUUGCUCGUCUACGUCAGGUCCGGCAACAAACUUCAAUAAAUGCGAAAAUCAUCAGAGAGGUGGUCAGUCAGAAGAGAGCAGAAGUCAUAGAGGAUAUCAAAGCUUCGCUGGAGGAGCAAGUCAUUGAUAUGGUAGUCGAGAAUGGCGACGUGGAGAUUCGAACACCGAGAAAUUCGAACCGGAGAACAUCAACACCAGACUCAAUGAAGUUCUCCCGCCGACGACAAAUGACCGAAAAAGAUUUGGCUCUUGCACAGAAACGAAACGCAGAUGCAAUGCGACGUCUUCAGAAUUCCAAGAAGCGAAAAGCCCAAGAACAAGAAGAACGGCUGGCGAAACGAAAAGAUGCUGCUCAGAAGGCCAAUGCAAUAAUGAGAGGUGCUCAAGUUUUGUGA